UGCAGGGCUCAAACCCACAAGCAUGAGAUCAUGACUUGAGCCAAAGUUGGACGCUCAACCAACUGAGCCACCCAGGCACCCCACUUCUAAACUGCAUCUUAAAGGUGGCUGGAAAUAGAGCAUGCUUCAUUUAUUCAGGGAAUGUUUACUGAGCACCUUCUAUAAGCCAGGCACAGUUGUAGGCACCAUAGACACUGCAGUGAACUGGACAAAGUCCCUGUUCUCUUUGCAGCAGAGAAACCUAAAAUAAGCAUAUGACAAAUAAUUAUAUAUUAGGUAGUGAUGCCUAUUAAUACCACAAAACAAAGCUUUAAUAAGGGGAACAGAGAGUGAUAACGGUUACUAUUUUAGAUAGGAUAGUCAGAGAAGGCCUCUAAUGAGAUGACAUUUGAGCAGAAUCCUGAAUGAAUGAGACCAAAAAGCAAAGGGAAGCCAUUUCAGACAGAAGGGCCAGCAUGAGUAAAGGUAUAAUAGUUGUGAAAAGUAUAACAUCUUUAGUGCAAAGUGAGAUAUUCUCACUGAGCAAGAUGGAAUGCAAGCAGGGAGAGUGUGGUAGAUGAGGCUGGGAAAGAAGGGAGAGAGGGAGGGAGGAAGAAAUGGGAAAGGUCAAGAACAGUUUCUGGGUCUAAGCUUGGGUGACUGAGUGGGUGAUAAAGCCAUCAGCCAACUCAGGGACCCCUGGAGGAGAGGCAGUUUUAGGAAUGCAAAUAAUGAAUUUGAUUUGGGGCAGUGGGAAAUACAGAAUUGGAUAUUAGGAGUCAGGGCUAAAAUACAAAUUUGGCUCUUACCAGCAUGUCAUGGAAAUUUAAAAAGAGGGAACAAGAAGAGUAGUCAACCUUGUCAGAUACUGCAGAGAAUUUUAAUAGGAUGAGAAUUUUUAAAAGGCCAUCAGAUUUGACAUUUGGAAGGUUGGCAAUAACUUCAAGAAGGCCAAUUUCAGUAGAUGUUGAUAGGGCAAAGCCACAUCAUGGUUCAGUUAGAAAGUGAAAGGGUAAGAGGCUGGGAUCGUCCAGCCAAGGUGACUGUCUUCUCCCUUCCCAAAGCUCUUCCUUGGAAGCUUUGAACCUGAGGUCAGAUCUUCUCCCACUCCUUCCUUAACUUUCUUCACAUAAAGCCUAGUACUGGAUGCUUGAGAUGGGGACAUGAUGGAGGGACAAAUAUUCUCAGAUCCUUGGGUCUCUGAUGGGAAAGGGGCCAGGGAUAGGGGAGCCUGAUGUUGGUGAAGCAGGUAUUAAAGGGAGCAUCUUCAGUGGGGAACAGCAGGUCGGGCCUGUUCUGAGACCUGUCUCCAGAGGGGGAGAAAGAUGAAACAUAUAAAUCUCUGUUGUAUGUGGAAACCAGACCAGGAAGCUGAGGUAGGCUGCAGAGCAAAGGCUCUGGGGGGGCUGGUGGGGGGGAAACAUGAAUAAUUGGUCAAGAAACUCAGCCCCGGUGAGAGAGUACAAUCACAAAGCGUGAGGGCUGGGAGUAGAAGCUGACAAUUAACUGACAGACACUAGAAGAAAUUUAGGGAGGAAUGCUUAGGUUUCUUAGAGCACAGGAACUGAAGAUGGGCAGGGAAGGCUAUUGGCAGUGCUUGUGACCACAAUGAUAGCAGUGAGGGGAUGGUUAAUGAAUUUAGGAAUGGUCCCAGCAAUACCUGGUAUAUAGAUGUUCAACAAAUAUUUGUGAAGCCAAAAGGGGUCAUUCCUCCACAGAUAAUGUGGAGGAAAAGGAUUCGAUACUGGAGUUCUGAAGAGCUGUUAGAAAAUGCCUAGGUUCCCUUCAGGGAGAGGAUGGAGGCAGUGACUGAGAUCCCAGACCUCUUAAAAGUACAAAGCCAGAGAGAGAGAGACCUAUACCACGGAGGGAGUUAGAAGCAUAGACCAGGGUGGGAAACCCACUCGUUUAAUCCUGCAGACCCAAGGGAUUACUGGUAGGUCUACUAGAUUUCCUCACCCCGGCCCAAAUACACCCCUGGCCUCAGUUUCUCUCACCUGCACCUCCAUCUCUGCCCACUAGGGGGCGGGGCUCGAGGGCAAGGCUGGCGGCUGUUCCGAAGCCUCCAGGACCAUCAGUUCCUACCAGACUCCCUGCUCCGGUGCCGUCUUACCCCAUGGCGGGACCCAGGCCCUCAUACUUCUCCCCACUGCCAGGCAGUGGUAGGGGCGGGCCCAGAGGACCGGUGCCGGUGCGGGUUGACACUCCGGUCUGGUUGACCGCCCAGGCGGCUCCGAGCAUGCUGAUGGUCCAGCCGGGAAUCCAGCAGGGGGUCAGCCCAGGCCCUGAGGUGUGGGAGAUGCCCCUGGGUCCCCUGCCAUACAAAUUCUGGGGCGGGAUGGCACCCUGCACGCCCGGGGUCGGAACUGGCAAGGCCGUGGGGGCUCUCUUUGGAAAGGUUCUUAGCCAGACAACCGUCUGCCGCUUUGAGGCCCAGCAGCUCAGCAUCGCCAACAUGUGGAAGUUGGGACUGCUGAUGAAAAUGUGGCUGGAGGAAGUGGACACCAAGAACUUUAUGGGUGUAUGCAAAAUAGAGAUGAUCCUGCAGCAGGCUCGGAAGCGAAGACAGGAAAGCAGGGAGCGACGCAUCGUAAACUAUCUGGAGAAACUCUUCUUGCAGUGCCCGAAGCCCACACCCCAGCAAAUCAGCCGCAUCGCUGGGCAGCUCCGGCUACAGAAGGAACUGGUCCGAGUUUGGUUCUAUAAUCGGAACAAGAUGGGUGGUCAGCCAACCAUUGAUUUCUCCCCACAGGAGGAUGUGGGGGCAGGGGGUUGGCCUCCUUUCCCAGGGGGGGCGGUAUGCUUUCCUCUGGCAUCAGGGCCCCAUUUUGGUUCCCCCUGCUAUGAAGAGCCCUAUUUUAUACACUUCACCCCUUACCCUGUGGAGGGGACCCACCUCUCUGCCCCAGCCACCCCUCUUGGCUACUCCAGGCUUUCAAACUGAGGGGCCCGCCCUUCUGGGCAGAGCUGAACUGGGGAAAUGGGUGAUGCCUGAGGUUCAUUUCAGGGCUGUUAACAUUAAGAGCUCCAUUAACUGUCUAAAGAGGUUAAUACUUAAGGGAUGGUUUGGGAGUUGUUUAGGAAAUUCAGGAGAGGGAAGUUGAAGUUUAUUAUUCCAGUGUUUUUACCUAGCAUUGACUUUAAGGUACAUUACGUAUAUGGUUUAGGAUAUUUUGUUUCUCUCUUUCUCUGUUAUUAAUUGAAAAUUACUUGUGUCUGUUAUUCCUUGUGAUUAUCAGUAAACAUCGGAUUUUUUUCCUUAUAAACACACCAUUGGGUGAAAAAUUCAAACACAGAUUAUUUCAGUAUACCUUUUUUUUUUUUUUUAAUCAAAACCAAGCAGAACUUUAUG